AAAUAUCGAUUUAACGAACGAAUAAUAUCGAUAAGUCGAUAUAUUUUUACAAGCCUUCCGACCCAACUGAGGCAACUGACAAGUGACAGAUUACCUAAAUUUAAAAUGAAAUUCGUAAAUCGGGAACUCUAAAUUCAUUAUUUACAUUUAGUUAGUUAUUACUUUACCGAAGAAGAUAAAUUAAUACAGAAAUAAUGUCGAAUUCUAAUUUGAAGUUAAUAUGUUCCGCUCUAAACAAAAUGAGGGUUUCCUGCGUGACAGCAAGAUCGUGCCAUUUUCAACCUAAGUUUCGUCCACCGUAUUGGUAUGCACCUAAAGAGAGAGUUAUGAGUGAAGAUAUGCUCACACAAGAAAACAGAGAUUUUAUAGAGGAAGUAAGACAAGAUAAACUAAAUUUGCAAAUUGCUAUGGAAUCCCCCUUAGCAAAAGUUGAAGCGCAAGAAGUGGCGGAAUGGGAUCCAACCACCCGACGGGCAGGUCUGAUAGCACGUAAAAUAGGAAACUAUCCACUAUGGUCCAAAGAUGGCAAAAAAUUCCAGACAACAUUAUUACAGGUAGUGGACAAUCAUGUAAUUAAAUAUACACCACCUGAAGAAUUUAAGCCAAUGAAAACUACCAAACUUAAUUGGAGAGAAAAACGGAAACUUGGUUGUCUUUUAAUUGGUUCAGAGACUAUUGACCCCAGCACAGUUACAAAAGACUAUUGUGGGUUAUUCAGCAGUGUGGGCAUGUUACCAAAAAGACAUCUUUUUCGCUUCAUGAUUUCACCACAUGCCAAAAUGCCCACAGGAACACCACUGUUUGCUACACAUUUUAGAGUUGGUGACUAUGUUGAUGUCAGAGCCAAAACAAUUGAUCGUGGAUUUCAAGGAGUAAUGAAACGUUGGGGUUUUAAGGGAAUGCCAGCUUCUCAUGGUGUAACUAAAACUCACAGACGACCAGGAAAUAUUGGUGCCGGUGGUCAGAAAGCCAGAGUAUGGCCUGGCACUAAGAUGCCAGGUCACAUGGGCAACAGGUGGAAAACAUUAAGAGGAGUACAAAUUCUUCGCAUGAAUACAAAGCAUAAUAUUCUUUGGAUGUUGGGAGUUGGAAUACCUGGGGAAACUGGUGCUAUGUGUUAUUUAUUUGAUACAAUUUUACCAUUAAGGAAAUUGAAAACCCCUCCUCCUUUCCCCACACAACCGUUUGUUGAAGAUUUACCUUUGGAAUAUUAUGAUGAAUCGAUACAUAGGUUUGAAGGACCUACAAUAACUUUUGAAGAGUCUUAGUUGCAAUACAUUUGAUUAUUUAAGAUAAACUGUGUAUUAUAGAUGUACGAAUCGUUAAUAAAGGUAAAUAUAAAGAAGACAUUCGGAA